AUGGACCCCUCAACCCCAGCACUCCCGACCUCUCUCCUCUACAUCUCACAUUUUCUGUCAAUGUGGAAUGCGAGGAGCUUCGAGUUUGGCGCAGUCCUCUUUCUGGCAACCAUCUAUCCAAAUACAUUACUACCAAUGUCGGUUUAUGCACUGCUACGUGCCCUGGCAGCAAUCACUCUUUCGCCGUCCAUCGGCCACUUCAUCGACACCAAAAACCGGCUUCCCGUCAUUCGGCUCUCUAUCAUGGGUCAGAGAGCUGCCGUCAUCAUUUCAUGUGCCCUGUUUGCACUGAUUGUACAAUUCAAGUCUUCCAUGGCUUCCUUUCUGGUGAUACUCACCUUUACCGCCUUGGUCGCUCUGGCUUGCCUCGAAAAGCUAUCUUCCAUCAUGAACACUGUUGCCGUCGAAAGAGACUGGCUGGUUGUAAUUGCUGGCGAAGACCAGAAUCUCCUCCGCAAUCUCAACGCCCAAAUUCGAAGGAUUGACCUGUUUUGUAAGUUACUGGGGCCUUUGGCUAUUGCACUGGUUCAUGCAUGGUCACCAAGUAUUGCAAUCUGGUCCACUGCUGCUGUUAAUGCGAUAUCUGUCAUGGUCGAGUACCCGUUUGUCGCAAAGGUGUUGAGAGAUUCUCCAUCAUUGAGCCGACCUAGAGCUCUUGACACACAGUCAUCAGAUGAAACGAUACGCAUGGAGUCGCAUCCCAUGCUUGACACUGACCAGGCCGAGACUCAGCAGCAACACGUCUCUACCUUUUCCCUGGUCUCCAACUCGAUCCAAUCCUAUACACGAAGCUCGGCAUUUUUGCCAUCGCUUGCAUUAUCCUUGCUCUACCUCACCGUUCUCUCCUUUUCUGGCCAGAUGACAACCUUCCUCUUGGCACUGCCUCAACCCAAACUCACCUCGGCGACGAUUGGUCUUUUACGAACUGCUUCAACCGUGGCGGAAAUCUCGGCCACCUUUAUUUCACCACGUGUCAUGACCAGAAUUGGACCCAUACGAGCAGGCAUCUGGUUCCUUUCAUGGCAAGCCCUGACACUCAGUCCGGCUGCCAUGAUUCUGUGGACGGACGGAAUCAGAGAUUCCCGUGCCGCCUUCAUCAUCUUCAUCCUUGCCAUCAUAUCGUCUCGGAUCGGCCUAUGGUCUUUUGACUUGUGCGCUCAGUUCAUCAUCCAGGAAUCCAUCUCUGCCUCGAGUCGAGGUUCCUUCUCCGCAGUGGAAGCAUCCCUGCAGAACUUAUUCGAGCUGUGUGCAUUUGCCAUGACCAUUGUUUUCCCUCGACCAAACCAAUUCCGGUAUCCGGCUCUGGCGUCCUUGGUGGCAAUCUAUUGUUCUGCGGCGGUAUAUGCCGCUUUUGUUCGUGACAGACGGGGACAUCUUCUUCACAUGCCAUCUUGCAUCAAAGGUGCGAGAUGUCAUGAUCGACAUGCCUACAACUUAAUCUCAGCCGAGACUUCUUAGAUCGCGACCAUUCUCCAAAAAGGCCAAUAACGGAGGCGUAGUGUUUAGCGGUACUACACGUCCCUUCCUAGCUGUUAAUGUUACCUAGAUUCAACAAUCUAGCCAUCUCACGGGAUCGGCCUCUAGGGAACUCAAUCAUGACCCCCGUCGAUCAACAUGCAUGAUUGUGGAUUGAUUGACGAUCCCAACCCACUCCUCUACUCACAAUCGCUUGACUGUGACAGCACGGGCUAUCAUAUGACAAUGAUCCCAAGAUGAAAGGACCUAGGCCUUUCGACAUGGCUGGCCGGCGGUGUGUAUGAAAUGAGAUGGAUGCAGCAAGCAUUGCAACACAUCCGAACUCAUGACCCAAGUCAAGCGAUGUCCUUGCACGAUCUAGAUCGACAAGCCAAGCAAUUCGACGUUUCUUGGAAACGCAAUAUUCCGAGUCCAAGCCAACACAAUCCAACCUGCAUCGGAGGAUCCACUUGUCUACUGUAUAUUCGCAUCCGUAGUACGAGUAUCCUUUCCUAUUACCUACGCUCCCUCCUGUGCAUGCCUCCCAUGUCUCCGUCUGUCCGUGAUGCAGCGCCCG